ACCUCUCAGCACGGCGAAUGACGCGUCGCCCGAUGCUGUAGCAGACGACACAUGGGCACGAUGAGUGGUUUGUGCGCCGUUCAUCGCUGAAGUGUAGGUUACAGUGAAAACAUCUCCCUUUUGGAUGUUGAGUGUAGAUCUACGGACAUCUAUGUCUAACAAUGGAUGCCAGAAAGUUCCAAAGAGCCGCCUUGGACAGCGGACUCCUCAACAUCCGCAUCCACAGCCAGGAGAACAACUCCUGGGUUGGAGUCAUUGAGGACCCACGACUAAGCCGCGACUACGACGACAUCGGAGCUCUAUACUACGUAGUUGCUGUCGUCCUCAUUUAUGGUUUAUCCAUCGUCAUGAUGAUCGCGUCUCACAUUCGUAAAAACAAGCAAGACAAUCAGCUUAGGACGUAUCUAAAGGAGAUGGUUCUACUCAGAAAGAAGGUCCGGAGGGAGAAGCUGUUUGAUAAAAUGUCUGCCUUUACAUCCAUAACAACCGGAUCCUUCAAAAAGAAGGUUUCUGGUGAAGGAAGUCCCAAACCCGGGAAGAAGUCCGAGACUUGCGAAGUUUCAAAAACUCCUUCCUCGUCACAGGAACCAGCCGAAGAGAAGGAAGCUCUCAAUAGCAGGAAGGAGAGUGACAACGAUUCUGUGUUUCUCUUGCCAGGGGACUUCUGCAUUGACAUGAGUAGACUUGAUCUCCCUUCCCUCAAGCCAGACACAAAGACCCAAGUUAACAUCCAGAUUCAGAAGGACAAAUCGAGUGUGUCAUCGUGACAAAUUAAUUGCUUGAGUACUUAUGGCUUGCAAAUGUUUUGUUGAGUUUAUAUUGACCUGCGAAUGUAAGGUACGCGUGAGUGCUAUGAAUUUUGUGCAUUGGUUUCCACAAAUUAAAAAACAGAAAGUGAUCCUCUCGCUUGGACCCUUUACCUGCUGGUACUUAAUGAAGAGUCUUUGCAGAAAAUGAUAUGAUAUUUACCUGCGGUAUUAUCUGUGUGUUGCUAGAUCCUAUGCUGGAAUUUCGAUGACAGAAUCAAGAUCGGGUUGAACUGUUUUUGAGCGCGGUAGCAGCAUAAUGGUUUUGUCAGAAUGCAGCUUAUAAGGCACGUGUUGAUACUGACACACAAGGUAAAAGCCUUUCUUCCACGGAUUGGAGGUACUUUGUUUUCUCGAAGUCAUUAAGGAAAUCAUGUCUAUUGGUCUUGUAGUCACCUCGCCAUAUUGCAUCCAAUGACGAUGUAGAUAAUGCUUCAGCUAGAACUGUUUGUCUGCCUCUAAGGUUGUGAACCAUCGGUGAACAUAUAUGUAAUGGAAUUAUUUAAUGUAUUUUAGAGUGAUACUUUUCUGGAUGGUUUUGACAGAUAACGUUUUUAAGCAAGAUAAGAAUGGAGUAAUAGUGCAUACAAGAUUAAGGUUGCUGUGGUUUUCGACGGAUCUUGCAAAUGCUGCCAUUAUUGUUUUGUUUGCUUCUGAUCUGGUCUAUUGUUGGAUGACACACAGACGUUUAAGUUAAGUUUAGGAAUCUAACCCAUUGUCUCAUGAUUAGAGGAAUCAUCAACCUCUAUACUGAUGAACAUUAAGAGUUAGCAGACAGACAAGACUUCAAUCGAAGUUACCAAACUGAUCAAGCCUCCUUAUUAGAAAAGUAAGGACAACACUGUGAACCACUAGAGAGACGUCCAUACAUAAUAAUUAUAGUUAAACGGUCUGUAGAAAUAUUAUACUUGGAGACAUCAUACGUGAAAUGACUAGACCACUCUCUGUCUGUAUCCCUGUCGUGUAUAUCGCGGACCGGUUGUAUCGAAGUCAUGUAUGAUGUUUGCUUACCGUCACGUGGCCUUCGGCAUUUCGAAACAACCACCCUGAUACAAUACCACCAUGAGAGACGCCUCAUGUACGUUUGGUAUUUUACCUUUAAACGCAGACAUUCAGAAAGCCAAGACCUGGCAGUUUGGAUUUUGGUUAUUAUUCUAAAUACAACGUUGGUUAAAUAUCCUUUGAUAUGAAUAUAGUUUGUGUUGUUUGUACAUAAGCAUGUUACUGGGUUUUAGUUCUUGUUUUAAAAGUGAAGUGAGACGUACAUUGAUUACUGAAAGAUUAUUAUUUUACAGGUUUUGUUUAUAUGCAAAGCAUUGCAUAUCUAAUUAAUGUAUGUUGAUUUUCUUAUACAUCAAUCAACUGCAAGGCGUAUCUUAUAUGACUCGUAAGUGAUUAAUAGUGACGAUAUUUUAUGCAAAAAAAUAAUUUAAUAUACAAUCGCAUCCUAAUCAAAUAAAUUAUUUUUGCUUCUGUACCUGAAUACGUGAUUUGAUAAACACGUGCAGGUCCAUGCGUAAUUAUAAUUAUUUCAACUACGUUAUUGUAAUGUUAAAACCAGCUGUCGAAGGCAUCACUUUACCCAUAUACAGUGAAGUAAGGCUAAAACGAAGUCUUUAUUUUUAGUCAUAGUAGGCGAUUACUGGCUAGAAAAGAGUAUGAUCAUCUCAUAAAAAAUGGCUCAAUUUUAAAAGGAGGAUAGUCUAAGAUAAACAGUGGUUGCUAUUAUUUUAUUCUUGUUUCACGAUGGAAUUCACAAUUUAAACAUUGUGUCCAUAAUGUAUUCUGUGGUCCUGUGUGUAGGUGUUACUGUAUUGUGUUAUAAUCGUUGGUGUUAUUCCGAUGCAGCAUUCCGACCAAUACAAGUACAUGUUUAAAUAUCUCUACAUUUUGCCUUUAAACAAAUAGGUUAUUGCCUAAGGGGUAUUCAUCUCAGUCACAUGCUAUACACCAAACCUAAUGACACAUUCAUUAUGAAAAACCUACAAUCACAAAUCUUUGUACAAUGCCAAGUGUUCACGAAACAUGCGAGCAUGUCCUCUCCUACUGUUAGCACCAGAUGUUCGUAAAGACUGCAGUCUCCAUAAAAUAGUCAGUGACACUUUUAUUUUUAACGCGUACAUAUUUUACAUUGGUAUUCUCGUUACAGAUUCUCUCUGGUAUGCUGUGUAGAGUAGCCGUUUAGCAUCCAAUAUCCCGUACCUAUCCUAAUAGCAUUACGAAACGCUCAAUAAGAAGUUACAUGACAAGUCUGUUAAUAAAGUCCAUAGUAAGAAAGAAACAUUCCAUGCUUCCUCUAGCAUAAUAAGGCACCAAGACGCAUACAGACUGACAUAGCUCCUCUUUUACAUUGUCUAACAACGGUAAUGUUCUUGCUUCUAUCACAUUUAAAAGGCUAUGUAUUGAUUACAAGUGGCCGUGUACCGUCUAGUGAUUAGAUAAGCAUGACGUAUCUUAUGUACGCCUUGUACUAACUCUUCGUCUGUAUUCUCUAUCCAGACAAGGGACAUCAUUGCUCAUUACGUAUAAGAAGCCCUACAAUAACAUGGAAUGAAGGAACACUCCCAAUUGACAUACAGUUUUCCUUGACCUUACACUUAAUUCGCCCUUUGAAUUAAACCAGGUUCUGUAUUCAAAAGGCAUACCACAAGGGCAGUAACUCUUCAAAUAGAGGCUCGGGGGAUUAGAGGAUUCAGAACCAAAGCACGUGUGUCAAUAGAACAGCCGGUUUGGUGGUCGACUUCAGAUCACACAGCCCCAAGCGCCGGACAUGGCUCAGAUAUACCAAGUGGCUGGUCACUUUCGCUGGGUCACUUCAAGAACGACAUAUUUGCCUUAUGGGCGGGUUAAGAUGGUUCACGAAAUGGUUUGACAUGAAUGAGGAGAUUGCAUUAGCCUAGAGCCUGAGCAGAAUACCGCAUCAAGAACACUGUAGAAUUGUUAUUUAUAUUUGAUAAUUACGUAAUCAAUAGCCAAUCAUAUGAUAGAUAUUAUAGAUUUUGUAUUCUUGAUGUGAAUUUAAUAUAUUUGUAUUGCCAUUGUUGCUAUGUAUACGUUUACAUGCGUUUAUUAAAGAAAGACGAUAUUUAAUGGUAA